AUACUUAAUUAUGCAAUAAGAAACAUUCUCCACAGAGUGAGUACCCAUAUCCAUCAUCACACUUAAACCAUGACCAAGGAGUGCGGCUACCACGACGACCACCGGCGGCAGCUCCUCCGUCGCGCAUUGGCGGCGCUCCUAGGGUUCAUAUUCCUCAUUCUCCUCGUAAUCUUCCUCAUAUGGAUCAUCCUCCGGCCGACCAAGCCCCGCUUCGUCCUGGAAGACGCCACCGUGUACGCCUUCAACCUCUCCUCCACCGGCGACACGCCCUCCGCCGCAGCCCCCACCCCGAACACCCUCACACUGACCAUGCAAGUGACGCUCUCGGCCUUCAACCCCAACAACCGCAUCGGCAUUUACUACACCAAACUCGACGCCUACGCCUCCUACCGCGGCCAGCAGGUCUCCCUCGCCACCGCGCUCCCUCCCACCUACCAGGGCCACCGCGACACCGCCGUCUGGUCGCCCUUCCUCUACGGCGCCGCCGUCCCCGUCUCCCCCUUCAUGCUCGAGAUUCUCCGCCAGGACAAGACCUCCGGCGGCGUGCUGGUCAACGUCAAGGUCAACGGUAGGGUUAAGUGGAAAGUGGGGACUUGGGUCUCCGGAAGGUACCAUAUUUACGUCAACUGUCCCGCCUAUAUCAGACUCGCCGGAGACCGCGACGACGCCGCCCUCGGAGUUGCCGGACCCGCCGUCAAGUUUCAGCUUUUCCAAAAUUGCGUCGUUGAUGUUUAGUUUUUUUUUUUCAUUUUAAUUUUGAUAAUCAUAGUAUCGAUACAAAUUAAUAUCACAGUUAAAAAUAAUAAUUAAUCUCCAUCGAUCGAAACUGUGAGAAGAGAGUUAAAAGUUGCAUUGCAUGGUUGGUAUAUGUUUAGCUUAGUAAUGUGUAGUACAAGCAAAGCAAAGCAAAGCAAUUUGCUUUCAUUGCUAUAUAGGUACCAUAUUUCUUUCUUUCUAUUAGUCUCAACCACCCUUUUCAUAAGUUAAUGUCUCCUUUUUCAUCAUUGAUUAGUUACGUGAAUCAACCAGUAUGUUCAAGUU